CCAGUGCCGCAGGACCGACCAUGGCUGGCCAGGGCGACUGCUGCGUCAAAGUGGCCGUCAGGAUCAGGCCCCAGCUGUCAAAGGAGAAGAUUGAAGGCUGUCAUAUCUGCACCUCCGUCACCCCUGGGGAGCCCCAGGUCCUGCUGGGGAAGGACAAGGCCUUCACCUAUGACUUUGUCUUUGACCUGGACACCUGGCAGGAACAGAUCUAUUCGACCUGCGUGAGCAAGCUCAUCGAAGGCUGCUUCGAGGGCUAUAAUGCCACAGUGCUGGCCUACGGACAGACAGGGGCUGGGAAGACGUACACCAUGGGCACCGGAUUCGACACGGUGACGUCGGAAGAGGAGCAGGGCAUCAUCCCAAGGGCCAUCGCACACCUCUUCAGGGGCAUCGACCAACGCAAGCGGCAGGCACAGGAGCAGGGCGUGACUGGGCCUGAGUUCAAAGUCAGCGCCCAAUUCCUGGAGCUCUACAAUGAAGAGAUCCUUGACCUGUUCGACAGCACCCGUGACCCUGAUGCCCGCCACCGCAGGUCCAACAUCAAGAUCCACGAGGAUGCCAACGGUGGUAUCUAUACCACAGGCGUCACUUCCCGCCUCAUCAGUUCCCAGGAGGAGCUGAUCCAGUGUCUGAAGCAGGGUGCCCUGUCACGAACCACAGCCAGCACCCAGAUGAACGUUCAGAGCUCCCGAUCCCACGCCAUCUUCACCAUCCACCUGUGCCAGAUGCGAGUGUGUGCCCAGCCUGACCUGGUGAACGAGACUGUGACGGGGUUUCCUGACGGAGCAGCCCCCACGGGCACCGAGUAUGAGACUCUCACUGCUAAAUUUCACUUUGUGGACUUGGCCGGCUCCGAGCGGCUGAAGCGGACAGGGGCCACCGGUGAACGGGCCAAGGAGGGCAUCUCCAUCAACUGUGGUCUGCUGGCCUUAGGCAAUGUGAUCAGCGCCUUGGGGGACCAGAGCAAGAAGGUCGUGCACGUGCCCUACAGGGACUCCAAGCUCACUCGGCUGCUCCAGGACUCUCUGGGAGGCAACAGCCAGACCAUCAUGAUCGCCUGUGUGAGCCCCUCGGAUCGGGACUUCAUGGAGACGCUUAACACUCUCAAGUAUGCCAAUCGGGCUCGCAACAUCAAAAACAAGGUGGUGGUGAACCAGGACAAGACCAGCCAGCAGAUCAGUGCGCUGCGAGCUGAGAUUGCGCGCCUGCAGAUGGAGCUGAUGGAGUACAAAGCGGGCAAGCGGGUAAUCGGGGAGGACGGCGCAGAGGGCUACAGCGACCUGUUCCGGGAGAAUGCCAUGCUACAGAAGGAGAACGGGACUCUGCGGCUUCGCGUGAAGGCCAUGCAGGAGGCCAUCGACGCUAUCAACAACCGAGUCACGCAACUCAUGAGCCAGGAGGCCAACCUGCUUCUGGCCAAGGCUGGUGAUGGCAACGAGGCCAUUGGUGCUCUCAUCCAGAGCUACAUCCGGGAGAUUGAGGAGCUUCGAACGAAGCUGCUGGAGAGUGAGGCCAUGAACGAAUCCCUCCGCCGGAGCCUGUCACGGGCUUCCGCUCGCAAUCCCUACUCCCUGGGAGCAUCUCCGGCAGGCCCAGCGUUUGUGGGCAGCCCGGCCAGCUCCAUGGAGGAUGCUUCUGAAGUGAUCCGAAGGGCCAAGCAAGAUGUGGAGCGGCUGAGAAAGAAAGAGGUUAGGCAGCGGAGGAAGAGCCCGGAGAAAGAGGCCUUCAAAAAGAGAGCAAAACUCCAUCAGGAAAACAGUGAAGAGACAGACGAGAACGAGGCUGAGGAGGAGGAGGAGGAACGAGACGAGGGUGGCUGUGAGGAGGAGGACGAAGACUCGGGCAGCGAAGAGAGCCUGGUAGACUCAGACUCGGACCCUGAAGAAAAGGAAGUCAACUUCCAGGCAGACCUGGCAGACCUGACGUGCGAGAUUGAGAUCAAGCAGAAGUUGAUUGACGAGCUGGAGAACAGCCAGCGGCGGCUGCAGACGCUCAAGCACCAGUACGAGGAGAAGCUGAUCCUACUGCAGAACAAGAUCCGAGACACACAGCUGGAGCGCGACCGCGUGCUGCAAAACCUCAGCACCAUGGAAUGCUACACGGAAGAGAAGGCCAACAAGAUUAAGGCGGACUACGAGAAGAGGCUGCGGGAGAUGAACCGGGACCUUCAGAAGCUCCAGGCCGCCCAAAAGGAGCAUGCCAGGCUGCUCAAGAACCAGUCACGCUACGAAAGAGAGCUGAAGAAGCUACAAGCCGAGGUAGCUGAGAUGAAGAAGGCCAAGGUGGCCCUCAUGAAGCAAAUGCGUGAGGAGCAGCAGCGGCGACGAUUGGUAGAGACCAAGAGGAACCGGGAGAUUGCCCAGCUCAAGAAAGAACACCGGAGGCAGGAGUUUCAGAUACGGGCCCUGGAAUCUCAGAAACGGCAGCAGGAAAUAGUUCUGAGGAGGAAAGCCCAGGAGGUUUCUGCACUGAGGCGCUUGGCAAAGCCCAUGUCUGAGCGGGUGGCUGGGCGUGUGGUGUCGAAGCCCCCCAGUUUGGAUUCUGGGGCUGAGGUGUCUGCCAGCACAACCUCGUCUGAGGCCGAAUCAGGAGCUCGCUCUGUCUCCACCAUAGUGCGUCAGUGGAACAGAAAGAUUAACCACUUCCUGGGGGACCACCCCUCGCCCACCGUCAACGGCACCCGCCCGGCCAGGAAAAAGUUCCAGAAGAAGGGGGCCAGCCAAAGCUUCAGUAAGGCUGCCAGACUCAAAUGGCAGUCCUUGGAACGGAGGAUCAUCGACAUUGUCAUGCAGAGGAUGACCAUUGUCAACCUGGAGGCUGACAUGGAGCGGCUCAUAAAGAAAAGGGAGGAGCUAUUCCUCCUACAGGAGGCCCUGCGGAGGAAGCGUGAGCGGCUGCAGGCUGAGAGCCCCGAGGAAGAGAAAGGGCUACAGGAGCUGGCUGAGGAGAUCGAAGUGUUGGCAGCCAAUAUCGACUACAUCAACGACAGCAUUACCGACUGCCAGGCCACCAUCGUGCAGCUGGAGGAAACCAAGGAGGAGCUGGACUCAACAGAUACCUCGGUGGUCAUUAGCUCCUGCUCUCUAGCCGAAGCCCGCCUACUGCUAGACAACUUCCUCAAGGCCUCCAUCGACAAGGGACUGCAGGUAGCACAGAAGGAAGCCCAGAUCCGGCUGCUGGAAGGACGGCUAAGACAGACAGACAUGACGGGCUCUUCCCAGAACCACCUGCUCCUAGACGCUUUGCGUGAGAAGGCGGAGGCGUACCCUGAGCUGCAGGCCCUCAUCUACAAUGUGCAGCAGGAGAAUGGCUACGCGAGCACAGACGAGGAGGUCUCAGAGUUCUCUGAGGGAAGCUUUUCCCAGUCAUUCACCAUGAAAGGCUCCACCAGCCACGACGACUUCAAGUUCAAGGGUGAGCCUAAGCUGUCUGCCCAAAUGAAGGCUGUGUCUGCAGAAUGCCUGGGACCCCCUUUGGACAGCUCCACCAAGAACAUUACCAAGUCCCUGGCCUCCCUCGUUGAGAUCAAAGAGAAUGGAGUGGGCUUCUCUAUCCGGGACCCCUAUUACAGGGACAAGGUCUCACGCACGGUCAGCCUGCCCACCCGGGGCAGCACUUUCCCUCGACAGUCUCGAGGUGGUACGGACACCUCCCCUCUGACCCGGAGAAAGUCUUAUGACCGGGGACAGCCCAUCAGAUCCACAGACAUGGGAUUCACACCGCCAUCAUCACCGCCUACCCGGCCCCGCAAUGACCGCAACGUCUUCUCUCGGCUCACCAGCAAUCAGAGCCAGGGGUCAGCACUGGACAAGUCUGAUGACAGCGACUCCUCUUUGUCGGAGGUCCUGAGGGGCAUCAUCACCCCCAUUGGCGGAGCAAAGGGAGCAAGGACGGCCCCGUUGCAGUGUGUCUCCAUGGCCGAGGGCCACACCAAGCCCAUCCUCUGCCUCGAUGCCACCGAUGAGUUGCUUUUCACCGGGUCCAAAGACCGUAGCUGCAAGAUGUGGAACCUGGUAACAGGACAGGAGAUCGCGGCUCUCAAGGGCCACCCCAACAACGUGGUUUCUAUCAAAUACUGCAGCCAGUCUGGGCUGGUGUUCUCUGUGUCCAGCUCCUACGUCAAAGUGUGGGACAUCCGAGACUCGGCCAAGUGCGUUCGGACCCUCACAUCCUCGGGCCAGGUGAUCUCAGGAGAUGCUUGCAUAACCACAUCUACCCGCGCCAUCACCAGUGCCCAGGGAGAGCAUCAGAUCAACCAGAUGGCCCUCAGCCCCUCAGGCACCAUGCUGUAUGUUGCCUCUGGCAAUGCCGUCCGCAUCUGGGAGCUUAACAGGUUCCAGCCCAUCGGCAAGCUGACAGGCCACACCGGCCCAGUGAUGUGCCUGACGGUCGCCCAGACUUCAAGCCAGCGUGACCUCGUAGUGACCGGCUCCAAGGACCACUAUGUGAAGAUGUUCCAGCUGGGCGACUGUGUGAUGGGCACCAUUGGCCCCACCCACAACUUUGAGCCCCCUCACUAUGAUGGCAUCGAAUGCCUGGCGAUCCAAGGAGACACACUGUUCAGUGGUUCCAGGGACAAUGGCAUCAAGAAGUGGGACCUGCGACAGCUGGAGCUCAUUCAGCAAAUCCCCAAUGCUCACAAGGACUGGGUGUGCGCCCUGGCCUUUGUCCCCGGCCGGCCCAUGCUGCUAAGCGCCUGCCGGGCAGGCUUCAUCAAGGUCUGGAAUGUGGACAACUUCACACCCAUUGGUGAGAUCAAGGGCCACGACAGCCCCAUCAAUGCGGUCUGCACCAACAGCAAAUAUGUCUUCACGGCGUCCAGUGACCUGACUGUGAAGCUCUGGAACAUACGGCGGCUACCAGCAGCCCACCCUUGAAGUUAGGGCCGAGGGUGGCCAGACCCUCCGAUGACGCACGGCCUGCACAGCGUGCAAGGGAAGCUGUGGCCUGACCUGACCAGACCAGCCAGGUGCACUGAGGACGCAGGGUGCUGCCCUUUCUCUUGCUCGGCUUCCUUUCUCGGUCCCCUCUGCCCCUCCCCUGCCUCCUGAGAAAGGAGAGGCCGGGGAGGGAGGACACUGUGAAGCCAAGGGCACGACCCCCCCCACACACACACCCCAGCUCCUCGCCCUCCCCACAGCUGGCCACACUGUCUCCUGCUGAGCCAGGUCUGCCCUUCCUCUGGGCUCUCAGCCCAGGGCGGCACUGUGAGCGAGAAGCAUCCCUAACCCUUCCCCUUCCCCUAUCCUCGGGGAGGCAGCCCGGUCCCCACCGUCUAUCCUCGGGGAGGCAGCCCGGUCCCCACCGUCUAUCCUCGGGGGAGGCAGCCCGGUCCCCACCGUCUAUCCUCGGGGGAGGCAGCCCGGUCCCCACCGUCUAUCCUCGGGGAGGCAGCCCGGUCCCCACCGUCUAUCCUCGGGGAAGCAGCCCGGUCCCCACCGUCCCCAUCAUCUAUCCUCGGAUGAGUUAGCCCCGCCCCUACCGUCUAUCCUCGGAUGAGUUAGCCCCGCCCCUACCGUCUAUCCUCGGAUGAGUUAGCCCCGCCCCUACCGUCUAUCCUCGGAUGAGCUGGCCCCGCCCCCACCGUCUAGCCUCCGGAUGAGCUGGCCCCGCCCCCACGGUCCAUCCUCCCGUGAGCUAGCCUCUUCCGUGUCUCCUAGCCCCACCCUCUGGAGCCACCGCGCCUGCCUCUGAGCCCACCAAGGUAGUUCUCAGGUAACCAUGGAAACCAGACGUAAGCCGCCGAGUCCUGCAGCUGACCCAAUCUAUGGUCGCCAACGCCCAACCCCAGUGGGGCGCAGUCAUUCCUGGGGGUCCCCUCGUGCCGAGGCCUCAGCGGAGCUCCUUUGGGGAGAAGGUCAGCAAUAUGGCAGUUAUCUAAUUUAUUGUUUUUAUUAUUUUUUUUUUAAUUAUUAUUAUGUCUUGCUGUUGCCUCCUGGAAACUGACUUGAAGUUUCUUCCCAUCUUCUCCCCUCCGCCCUUGGCGGGGGGUGGGGGUGGGGAGAUGGUCUUCUCUUUGGCGCUCCAGCCCGCUGCCCUCCACCCCACCCUCCUCCGCUUGGCGCGUGCGGAGGAGGGCAAGGCCUCUUGCAUCCCGUGCAGCCUGGCCCUCACGUCCUUCUAGUCUAGCCCAGGUCUCUAGGCCGCCUGAUGCCGCAGUGCCUUCCUCCAUCCCGAGGCCUGGCAUCAUGCUGGGCAGCCUUCUGCCCGCAGCCCGCGUGUGUGUAAUGCCUAUGGGCCCCGUGCCCACAGACCCUGAAGGUCAGAGAGUCCACCAAGACGGUCGGCCCACGACCAGGGAGCCGGUGCUCGCCCGAGCCCUGUGUGGUCCAGCGCCAUGCAGCUUGGGGGACUGUCCACUAGGGGGCGACUCGGGUAGUAAGGCCACCAACCCGACCCCCAAGCAAGGGGACAGGGAGCCAGCCGCCUCAGCCUCUUUCCCACUCCUUGUUCUAGAAACGGAUUUUUCAAGCCUUAAAAACAGCCUGGGCCAAGGGCCCUCCCUCUUAGAUUAGCACAGGGAGGCCCACACUCCUUUCUUACUUCUGCGGGGCUGUGGGCGCCGCUGCAGGGAUGAGGCGGAAUCGGUGUCUGGCGCCCCCUGUCGGAACAACUCUGAAUUGCUAGGACUCGGGCUUGAGAGGGGUCAGCUCCAUCCCUGGCUUCCCCUGCUCUUAUGCUGGUCCAUACAUUCUCUGUUUCCUGGCCACGUUCUGGGAGCCGUGGGCCCCAGCUCAUUCAGAGGACGUGGUGACGUGUGGACUUUGGACAGUUAGCAUAGUGCAUCUGCACUCGACCCUCCCCUCUGUGGCCAGGUACAUUGGUGCCUGUCCGUGUGCGUGUGGCCCUAGGAUGCCAGGGUCCAUGCUGAGGACAGAUGCUCUCUGGGCCAUCCCAGAGCUGCGUCCGAGGCUGAAACUUAUCGUGGCCUCUGCUGGACAUGGUGUCAAGUCCGGGUAUGUGGAUGCUCAGGACGAUGCCGAUGCGCCUGGAACGCGGGCCAGCCGGAACAUAGUCUGCCUGCAGUGACCAGAGAUCCUCCUGCGUCCGCGCACUCCGCGCAUCCUGGGAGUGCCGAGAAACUGCCUUGGCGCUCAGAAGUGAUCGCGUCUUCUCCUUUACCCCUCACUCCCCGAAUGGAAAGCCUGAACCUCACAUCCUGUAAGAAAACCAUCUGCAUGACUGUUUACAAACUACAGAAACACAUGAGACUUAUCCUGACCCCAUGGGCCGCACUGCCCAGCCUGGGGUGCCCUACUGUAUAAGCUGCAAGGCCCGUUCUUGUACAAAGUGUGGUCUUACAGCCCCGCGAGAGGUGCUCACCGUCAUUGCCCCUUCUGCCGUCUCUGAUGGGCCACUACCUCAUGGCGGGGCUGCUAUGCUGUCCCAGCGAGUGUCAUUGACUAAACUUGAAAUACUUCAGAGCUCUGAGCGCAUCGUCCCCAGAGCCAUUCUGAGCUGUAUUCUGGGAAUGUUGGAGUCCCCUGCCCACUCUUUCAGGACUGUCCAAGGCACAUAGUCGGAGCAGGCCUCUAGCUCUACCCAUUGCACAAGAGUCCUACUUGUCGGAAGCACAAGCUGGCUGUGAUUUGAGCACAAUAGCAGGCCUCUGGGUAGACAGUAUGGUCAAACUUGGGCCCAGGAGACUUUUCCCAGGUACGUACGCUCAUUCUUAAGUUAGACUAGGGACGCCCCGAUUCACCCAUUUUCUUCUGGGACUUGUGGUAUUCUUGUGCCCAGGCCACUUCUGUAUGCUGUGGGGCCUUCCCUAGACCCCCAUACCCCAGGCCUUUAAAAGCCCGCCUAUAGCUGUACCCACCAUCCUGAGCCUGAAGAGCCUGGACGAAGGCUCCCGUCUCCUGAGCCUUCUCCACAUCCAUGCUCCCGAAGCUGGUUGGCUUCCAUGUGGGUAGAACUUGCCUACUGCCCCCACUCUUAGCCCUUCCCUGCACAAUCCUGGGCCAGGACCCAUCCCAGUAUUAACCAGUCCAGUGUUUGCUCUUGUUGGAGAGACUUGACUCUACAGCGGCCAGAUCCUGGAAGGCUGUGCCUGUAGCAGCCCUUAGAGACCGCCAAGGACGGGGAGAAGGCAAAGAUCGAGGGGCUGACCCUGCCCAGCCCUGAUGUGGUCAGAGUACCACCACCAGCCACUUGGAAAGAGACCGCUUCCGCUACGCAUCUGGAAGUAGCCGCCCACCUUUGCCCCAGCUGCAGGCUUGGAACUGUCUGAGGCUGCGUGGCUUGGGCCAAGGGCAGUUUAAAGCACAAAACCAUUCUUCUCCUGCUGUGGGGCUGUGGCGGUGGCAGGGACAGCACAGGCAGGAGGCUGUCAGGGUUUCAUCCUCUGCCCCACCCUAUCCCCAUUCCUGGAGCCCUCCCCUGGAGUCUGCACCGGGUACAGCCACACGCCCUUGGCUGAGCCUGGUUUGUUUGUGUGGGCAAGGCCUGCCCUGCAGGAGCAGCGAAUUCCUUCCCACCCUGUGACCCAAACCUUGGCAUCUGGCCCUUUGUUCUUUCCAACAAGAAACUGCUUCCUUUGCUUAAAACAGUGGCUGAUGGCCCCACUGAGCCCAGCUGUCCCCACCUGACUUCCCGGCCAUUUCUGUUCUGUAAGAACAGAACCCACAGGGAGAGCUCGGGUUCUUUGACAUCGUUGGUCUCUUUCCUGUGCCCACCCCUCUUCAUCUCCCGCACCUAGAUGGCCCUUGCUCCCCCCUGUCCACCUGCAACUGUGUGCUGAAAGUCAUAAAAGACCACUGAUGUCUUCCCGCCCCACCCCGCCGCCAGCUCUUACAACCAUUGCCCCUGCCCAGGCUUCAGGGUCUCCUGGCUCAUGCGCUCUCCUGAGACAUGGUAGCACAAGGUGUGUAUAUGUUUUGUACCUCUGCUGAUGACUGUACAUAGUGUAUGAAAGUUAUUUAAGCCUCAUGCUGUACAUUUCUGUUAUGGAAUUGGAUGUGUGUGCUCUGAGGAUUUGUCAUAAAUAAAACCCGAAUGGCCCUUGUC